AUGCUCUGGAAUUGGUACACGAUAGACGCAUGUUUCCUCGCAUCCACCUGGCACAUCAAGACCCAUGGCAUGUUCGCCGCCUCAUGUAUCGGAGUAGCCCUCCUCGUAGUCUGCCUCGAAUUCCUCCGGCGACUCGGCAAAGAAUACGACGCCUAUAUCCUUCGUCAGUUCCAUCGCAGAGCCGCGAGUCUCCAGUACCGACGCAGAGUAUCGUAUGUGGCUCCCAAGUUUGACGAUACACGGGCUUCGGGUGGCUGUGGUCCUGAUGCUUCUUGUGCUCCUCCUCUGCCUGAGCAGCGGUUCAUCACCUUUCGUGCAACCCCUGCUCAGCAGAUUGCUAGGGGUGUUAUCCAUGCUGCAACUUUUGGCGUUGGAUACAUUGUCAUGUUGCUGGCCAUGUACUUCAAUGGUUACAUCAUCAUCUCGAUCAUCUUGGGUGCGUUCUUGGGCAAGGUUCUGUGCGAUUGGAUGGUCGUGAAGUUGCCCCUGGUGGCGGGAGAAGGCUUCGAAGAGUCGCAAGACGAGGCACCUGGUCUCUCGGAGCCUACUGUGUGUUGUGGAUAG